AUGGAAUGUCGUAUUAUUCAAUUACAAACACAAUAUCAUAAAUUACAUCAUGAAUUAAUAGAGUUGAAAUUACGUUUUAAUAUACCAUUAAAUGAUGAAGAUAAAAAAUUUAUGGAGAAUCAAUCGUCAACGUUAGAUGAUACACAAUAUAAUGUAUAUAAUGGACACCAUGGUCAUCAACAUCAUAAUAAUAGUGAUGGAGAAUUGAGAUUAUCCGAAAGGGAUUGUCGUAUGAUGUCAAAAAAAGUCAAGAAAUGA